UCCCCGUUCUGAAGAUGAGUGGAUCUCGCAUAUUCAUCGGCCGACUAAGCCCCUCGGCCAGGGAGAAAGAUGUGGAGAAAUUCUUCAAAGGAUACGGACGCAUCCGAGACAUCGACCUGAAGAGGGGCUUUGGAUUCGUGGAGUUUGAGGAUCCCAGAGAUGCUGAAGAUGCUGUGUAUGACCUUGAUGGAAAAGAACUGUGUAAUGAAAGAGUGACCAUAGAGCACGCUCGUGGACGUCUACAUGCCAGCCGAGGAGGCAGAGGAGGAGGUGGCGGUGGCGGUGGCGGCGGUGGCAGUGGAGGAAGCCGCUUCCCAGAUCAUUACGGUCGAGGCGCUCAGAACAAUCGGAGUCGAAACCCACCUCCGAUGCGUACUGAGAACCGUCUGAUUGUGGAGAACUUGUCCUCCCGUGUCAGCUGGCAGGACCUAAAAGAUUUCAUGAGGCAAGCUGGUGAGGUCACAUUUGCAGAUGCACAUCGACCUAAGCUCAACGAAGGAGUGGUUGAGUUUGCCUCUCACAGCGACCUCAAAAAUGCUCUUGAGAAACUGUCUGGUAAGGAGAUCAAUGGCAGAAAAAUAAAGCUCAUUCAGGCAGGCCAGAAGAGGUCAAGAAGUCGUUCCCGCUCCAGGAGUUCAUCUCGCUCCCGCUCCCGCUCCAGGUCCGGUGAUCGUUCUUCAUCAGGCAGUCCCAGGCGCUCCGGCAGUCCCAGGCGCUCCGGCAGUCCCAGGCGCUCCGGCAGUCCCAGGCGCUCCAGCAGUCCCAGGCGCUCCAGCAGCCCGCCCAAAACCCGCGGUCACUCCUGCAGCGGCUCUCCACGUGGCAGCCCGUCCCCCUCAAACUCCAAGUCAGUGGAUCCAAAUAAAGCUUCCAUUCCUGGUAUCCUUGCUCCUCCUUCUCCUCAUGAGAAAGGCCCUGACUCCCGUUCACGUUCGCACUCCCGUUCUCCUUCCACCGAAAGCCAGCGUUGACUCACCCCAUAGUCUCGGGAUAGGAGGUUUGUUCAAACUCAACACUGUUUCUUGAGAAAAUAUCAAGCGUGGAUAGAAAAGAAUGAUUUUUUUUUUUCGUAGCAACGAUGGGGUGUUUUUGAUAUGCAAGCGAAGCCUCUUAAAUUAAUUUCUUAUUCUUUCUUUUGAGCCCCUUCACAAUGACUAAUCUAAUGUCAUCUUAUACCCUGCAUCUCUGCCACCUCUAGUGAGUCUACGUGGCAUUUGGGAUGCUUGAAUUGAUUCAAAUACUUUGCUUUUUUGGGCCAUCCUGUGAAGGAUUCAUAGUAACUUCACACUCCUGAAUGUCAUGUACAUGUUCCGUCAAGCCUUCAUUUCUACAUAUUGGACAGUCUGCUCGUAAGAGGUACAAAUCAUUGUGCAAGCGUGCAUUUUGAAGGGAAUACACGAUGACGAUCUAAUUGGUUUGUUGAGAAACUUGCCACACCGUAUCCACUUUGGGUCCCAAGCUUUAGUCUCCUUAAAAAUAGAUCGCUUAGAUAGUUGCUUCUUAGUUGAUGCUGUUUUCUGUUCUUUUUUUAAGUUUUCUUUUGAAAAUUGUAGAGGGGGUGGGUGGUUGUUGAGAAUGUUUAGAUGUUAUUUGUUUUCUGUACCCGAUGUUAAUGUGUUUUGGAACAAUACAGCCUUUUGUAUCAUGAGGGAUUUGUUUUAAUUAAAAAUGGGGGACAAUUGUAUGCAAGACAUUCUGUACCUAUUAAAGCGCUUUUAGCAAUGCGA